AUGGAUGUUGGCAAAUUUAUCCCCCGAAUCACUACAUUUCCCCGCCCACUUUAUUUUUGGAUUGAGAGAAGUUAUUGUUCUUGUCUGUGUAUGGGUGUGUUUGAGGCCAUCAUCGUAACACUCUUCUGGGAUAUUUUUUAUGGAAGCAUGUCACCACGUUUUCACCGCUUUCUGGGCCGCGCUGAGUGCCUGCAUAGCUCAUUGUCGCUUCGAUACCGAAAUGGGAAGGUGAGCCUUUACAGCACCGUUUGGAAACAAUCUUUACUCCGCACACUGCGCGACUGGCAUACAGCAUUCACCUCUGUUAACAGUCUGCUUGGACGCUGGCCCACCGGAGCCCAAUAA